AUGGCGGCGGCUGUCCGUCCGAGCCUCCAGGAGCUCGCCAGGACGUGGAGCUCGGCUCGGACCUUUGCAGUGCGUGCUGAAGGGAGCAGGAGCAGAGCUUCGGAGACGCUCCGCCCAGUGGCGCGACUGAAGGAGGCCUUGCCGCGUCAGCUGGCCUUAAACAUGGGUCACCCGUGGAUCUAUGACGAUGAAGUGAGCAACAUCGGUGACUUGAACGGCAUCGAUGCUGGCACAUUGGUGGACAUCAUUAGCUCAGAUGGGGCCACGGAGUUGGGAGUGGGAGUCCUCAACAGGCAGGCCUCAAUCGUGCUGCGUCGGAUGGAAGGCCUAUCCCCCGGCAUGGAGGUGACGCAGGAGCUGCUCCAAGUUCGCUUGCGCAAGGCUUUUGCAGCACGUGAUCAACUUGGCGGAGGGAGCUUCUGCCGUGCUGUGCAUGGGGAACAAGACGGGCUUCCAGGUGUCAUUGUCGACCGCUUUGGCAAGUCAGCUGUUGUGAUCUUCGAGUCGGUGGGAUCUGCAAAGCUGGAGCUGGUGGUUCAGGAGGAGCUCACCCGAUGGAUUGGAAAGCUUCAACAGUUGACGGUUCAUCGCAUGACUGCGAAGAAGGAGAAGUGGGCUCAGGAAGGUUCGGAGUUUACCACCAGCAUCACACGAGGCGACAGCUCAAAAGUGCGGGUAGAAGAAGGCGAAGGCAGCAGCCAGCUGUAUUUCGACAUUGAUGUUUUACAGGGAGUUUUGGUGGGCCACUGGAACUAUGGACUGGAAAAGAUGAGGAGAGAACUGACGGCAUGCUUCGGCCAAGGUACUGUUCUGGAUGCUUGGGCGCAAGCAGGACAGUGGGGUAUCAGGUGUGCAAAGGCUGGUGCAGAAGAGGUGGUGCUUCUAGAAGACACCCUCGGACUUGCCAAGCUUUGCCGGGAGAAUGCGAUCCUCAACAGUGUGGAAGAACAGUGCACGAUCCUUCAUCGUGGAGACGUGACAAGUGAACUUCGAAAUAUGGCGACAAGCGGAAUACGAUUCAAUUGCGUUUCCCUCAAUAUCCGAGUACGUUUCGAGCGCUACUUCAAGCACCAACGGGGCCAAUUUGGCAAGUGGUACAAGCCAAGCCUCAAAGGAUACGAGAGGGCAAUUACUCUGGGAGCCAUGGUGACAUCGCGAAGUGGAUAUUUGGUCGUGACAUUCCUUCUGCCAUUGACAACCGAGUACUGGGCGCUUUGUUUGGUGCAAGGUGCAUUGGAAAGGGCGUCUCGAAUUGGGAGCAUCAUUUACUUCUCCACCGGCAUCAACGAGCCCGCUUUGCUGGGCACCAUGAAUGCCACUCGAAGACUCCGCUACUGGAGCGCCACUCUUGUUCAGCAGGUGGGCAAUCGACGACGCACAUUGACCAGAAGUGCUUGGAGAGAGCGCAUUUCGGAGCAAAAAGCUGAAAACAAGCUCGCGCAAGAGAAGUUCGUGAGGCAAACUUGGUUCUGCCAGAUGGUUGACAGCAUUACCCCAAUGGUGUUUGAGCGAGCGACCUCCGUGGGCGGUGAUAUUUCUCCUGCUGGCCUCUGGCGGGCUUACAGCUGCUACGACUGCUUUGUGGGCAAAGGUCAGUCAGUCGCAAUCUUUGGAAGAGCUUCAAGAAGAACUUCAGAAUUUCUGCUGGAUGAUUUCGGGAUGUUCCGUCAGCUUGCCACAGCUGCAGGCCGCCCGGAAUCAAGGCGGGCGAAGUCCAUCGCCUGUUUGCAGCUUCGCUCCUUCGUGCUGGCGAGCGACCUGCAAGACUGUUGGCAGUUAGAACGUCUCUAUGGAUCCACAUUUCUGCUGCAGUUGAUUCUUGGGUCAACCGUUUUCAGCAACGCCGGCCGCUUAGACCUCGAAUCAGCUUGCUGGGUGUGCGAACGACGCGGUCGGGCGAAAGAGACGCAGACAGAUGUUGUCGAUCGCUAUCGGGGAAGGAUCCAUCUCCUCGAGCUCUGCUGCAGUUGUGACACUCGGAACCUUUUGUGCCCUGCGACACGGCCGGUGGGCUGCGUGGCGAGGUGUUCCGGUCCCCAUCUCUUGGCUGAUGGCACCUGUUCUGGUGUGGUGCCGAAUGGGAACACACACGGGGAGCGGGAACGCUUGUGGAUGACCGCAUGCUCGGGACAGCCGCGACCGCCACAGCCACAGAAGUCGGAGAUCGCGGUCGCGUCCGAGGCGCGCUGCCUCGAGCUCCCGAAGUCCACGCCGACGCACUGCAAGCAGGAGCAAAGACAAGCGACGGGCGCAGGCCCAGGUCCCUGGUACCGCAUCGAGCUUCUGUGCUUUCAGGAGUAUCGCAUCCCUCCACCGAAGACCCGCAUGGAUGCAGCGAAUGCGCCACCUUCCAUAACGGAGGCCCAAAAGGCAGCCUCCAUCGAACGCGGGGGCUACCUCUACGCUACAAUCGAUUUCACACCGGCAGUGCAGAACGCACCCUGGUCUACAGAGGCACCCGUGCAGUACGACUAUCAGACAAAGUCCGACAUCUCGGUGACUCGCUCCAAAACCUUGCCGCGAGGGUGGGAGCUGGUGAAAGGCCCACCUCCGGAUGACAUCAAGGAGCUCAUAAAGAUCCAUCCAUGGGGCACUCACCUUUUGGUCACCGAGGGUGGAAAUGCCUACUGGACCCACGCUGGCGACAAUCCGGGCGCAAUGGAAGCCAUCUGGGAUUACGACAAAUACCCUGGCAGGUAUCAGCUCAAGCCCAGGUCCUGCUUUGUUGCCGACCUCUCGCUUGCACGAGCUUACCUUCAUGACCUUGCUAUCUACAGGGCCGAAGCAAAAGAAGCCAAGGAAGUUGCUCAAGGCUCAGGAAUCCAGCAGUCCAUUGCGCUGGCCGCGUGCCUCGCGGUGGAGGAUGCAGCUCGGAGUCAUUUCCGGCCACCGGCCCAAGACAUCGUGUCCUGGCGGAUUGAUCUCGAGAUCACUGCCGAAGAGGAUCCCCCUGCACCUCCAGAGGCAACUGUCUUGGCAGACGCUGUCGGAGCGUUUCUGGGUGCUGGAUUGGCAGCGAUCUUUGCCAGAGCUUCGCGCGCAUGA